AGGAAACGUACAACAGUCCCGAACAUCAUGUUUAUUUAGACAACAGUGGGUGUUACUGUUAGGCCAGCAGCAUGUAACAUUUUUGCCACUGUUCUUGUACUGCACCUAUAAUGUAGAUUACCUGUGGUAAUUGUAGUAAAUGUAGAUUAUCUGUGGUAAUUGUAGUAAGAUCAUGGUAAUCACUGUGAAAUCAUGUAGGCUAUCUCAUUUACGGUUGGAUCAAUUCUCCUUGGAUGUUGGUGGGUAUUGGCUGAAACUUCUUUUUGUUCUCUGACUUAAAAUAAAGAUUGAGUCAUUGCUACUUAAAUCCCUGGGAAAGUGAAAGUAUUGGCCUACAAGAAAGAAAAAAUUUGAACUAAGUCUGGCACUUUUAAAACAUAUUGAAUGAACAAGGUUACAAAGGAAAACAAGGCCUGGCCCAACAUCUAUAAUAUUUUGAAGAAGUUUUUUCAGGAAGGACUCAGAGUCAUCUGAAGCAUUAUGAUGUGAAGGUAGUCAAUGAUGAUGUCCACGACGAACGUCAUGACAAGCGUCAACAGUGCUUUUGACCCUAACUUUGAGUUUGAAUUCUUCAAGCUAACCCCCCUCUCCAUAUACCCCUGAUCUCUGCUGGAAAUCGAGAGCUAUAUUUGGAGGAGUGUGAUGAUGUCACAAGUGGUUGAGGGUAGGAGCCUAUAACAGAGCGAAUGGGGCGAGUGAUUGUGUGAGUGUUUGUGUGAAAAACAGAGACAUCGCCAGCACCUUUUUGGAGCUGCUGUCCACUGGCUUGAAAACGCUGGAAAACAUUUAAAAGUAUUGCAGUCUGCCAUGUAUCAUCUGAAACUGUCCUCCCAGAUCCUGAUCUUCCUUGUGAUGCUGCAUUGUGUCGCCACAGUCCCUCACAACAGGUACUCCCUUUCGUCCAAUGAGCAGCCAGAUGACUUCCAAGAGGCCGAUGGAUGGCUGGUUAGAGAUGAUCUAUCUGACAAUCCCUUUGUGAGUUUUACAAGGCAACGGCCCCCAAGGGGUCUCAGUGCAGUGAACAGUCAUCACAUCGAAAAGAGGAGGUGCAAUACAGCCACCUGCGUGACUCAGAGAUUAGCAGAUUUUCUCAUCCGAUCCAGCAACACCAUCGGCACCGUCUAUGCGCCAACCAACGUCGGAUCCAACACUUAUGGAAAGAGAGACCUGCUACAGUCGCCUGUUUACCUGCCACUAUAGUUCAAAUGGCAACACAAUUGGGGGCUCGUCCGGGAUUUGAACCUGGGACCUCUUGCACCCCAAAGCAAGAAUCAUACUCCUACAGUAAAAUAAAUGUAAUAUGUAUGAUAAUGAAGAAAAUUAAUCUGUUUGUAUGUUAUUGCAUUUGUUUUCAUUUUUAUUUGAUUUUUUUCUCUUUUCUUUUUUCCCAGUGUACAUGAAAGCCAGUGCCUUUUGGUGUAAACAGUUGUUUGCAGCAUUUUCAGUUUCUGUAAACCUUGCAUGACAAUAAGGUUCUCAGACAACAUACACGCUAUCAUGAUGGCACAUGAAUAAAAUGUAUUAUAAAAAGUACAUAAAUAGCAAAGAAGAAUUAACAUUUUGUUUUGAUUUUUCUAAUAAAAGAAAAAAGAUAAUCCACUUCUCUGCUCAAUGUCAUUACAAUAAGGUCAA